AUGGGGCUGGGCUGUAACCGGUGCCCCGGUCUGUGUGCACCGCAGGGCGCAGCGGGUGCCCGGGGACCGGCGGGCAUCCCCGGGCUGCGGGGCUACACCGGGCACGAAGGAGCCAGAGGAGCGGCGGGUGCCAAGGGAGAGCCGGGCCGGCAGGUAACUCCUCUCUGCGCCGAGGGGACGGGCAGGGGACAUCCCUACAGGGUGGCCCUCCUCGGCAUGGCUCCGGCACCGGAGGUCCCUGCGGGGAACAACCCGAUUGCAGACCCUGGGCUGAGGCAGCCGGCUUUGUUCUCGCCCUCCUGCCUUCCCCCAAAUAACCCGGAGCUGAUACCAGCCUCGUGUUUUGUUCCCAAAAUGAACUCAGGGUCUUCUCGGGCCACCGGGCGAAGCGGGAGCUACGGGGCUGAGUGGUACCGAGGUCUGUGCCACUCUGCCAGCCUGCCUGGGGCUGCGGGCCUGGCGGGUGCGAAAGGGCAGCCGGGCAAGCCAGGAAAACCGGGACAAACGGGCAAGCGAGGCAAGGCAGGCCACCGGCCCCCGAGAGGUCCCCGGGGACCCAAGGGCUACCCAGGCGACGAGGGGCUGGAAGGACCCCAGGGCCCCCAAGGACCCUACGGCAUCCCGGGGCUGAAGGGCGUGAAAGGAGACCCCGGACCGAAAGGACACAAGGGCGAGAAGGGCAGCAUGGGCGACCUGGGCCAGCAAGGGGAUGAUGGCUUCAAGGGCAAGCUGGGACCCCACGGUGUCCCCGGGAGGCCGGGACCCAAGGGACAGCAGGGUGACGUUGGGCCCCCCGGCCCACGGGGACACCCUGGCAUCCCCGGGACACCGGGCUUGUCCGGACCCAAAGGGCUGAAAGGCUUCCCGGGGCUGCCGGGACCCAGGGGCGUGCGGGGCCCUCCGGGUCUCACCGGCCCCCCUGGUCCCAGCGGACCCGCGGUGAUGCUGUCCAGGGAGGAGCUGCGGCACCUGAUUUAUCCCUCCAACCACCUGAAUUACACGGCCGUCUGGGCUCUGCUGGACACCCUGAGCCAGGAGCUGCAAGCCCUCCUCGAGCAUCCCAACGGCACCAAAACCAACCCGGCGGCCACCUGCAAGGAGCUGCUGUUGGCUCACCCCGACCUGCCCGACGGGCAAUACUACAUCGACCCCAACCAGGGCAGCCCCCGGGACGCGCUGCUGGCCUUCUGCAACUUCACGGCGGGGGGAGAGACCUGCAUAGCCCCCGUCCGCAACCAGGUUGGUAUAGCUGGCUUCUUUGUCCUGGUGGUGCCGCUGUCCCCUGCUGGGACAGCGAGAUAUGGUCAGCGCUCCCCGCAGGUCCCCAUCAAGGCUUGGCUGAGCGCCUACACCUCCGAGGACACCUUCGAAUGGUUCAGUACCCUCCCUGGGGGCUUCCUGCUGGAGUACGCGGGGGCCAGCCCGGUGCAGCUCCGUUUCCUCCGCCUGCACAGCCGCUUGGUCGCCCAGAAAGUCUCCUCCUCCUGCAGACCAGCUCCUGAGCGGGGCCAGCCCCAGCCGGAGAAGGAAAUCCGCUUCCUGGCCGAUUCCCGGGAGCAGAGCUACGCGGCUAGCCUGCCAGGCUGCCUGGACAACGAGUCCUCCAUCACCGACACCAUCUUCCAGUUCACCACCGAGGAGCUCUCCCUGCUGCCCCUGCGGGACCUGGCCGUCUUUCACAACGGUGACACCUCCCACCAGUUUGGUUUCACAGUCGGACCAGUUUGCUUCAGCUGA